GCUGCAACCCGGUACGUGAUAAAAAUGUCCAGGAUGAACGGCAAUUUCUACUCGAAAUGUCGCCAAGCAAUGCAGGAGCUUAACCGCGAAUACGAGGAGGCAAAGGAACGACACCGCCGUGCAGGAAAUAGUGGAAGGUUUAAUCUGGUGCCUUUUCCGGAUAUUGAUAUGGAACCAGAACCAUACGCAGCAGGACUACGACCAGCAUCAGCAUCGGCAACAGCACCAGUACCAACAUCAGCACCAGGAGUCAGCAACACGGAGCUAGGACAGGAUUUUUUAAAUAUAGUUAACAUUAAUAACGGUAGUGGUGAUGGUAAUAAUUAUAAUACUAACAAUUCCGACCAGGAGGACAUUAAUUCGGAUGGGGACAGCUGUGUCGAUUUUGACGACGACAUGGUUGGUCGGGACGAUGCGUACGAUUUUAUCGAUGAAAUGGAUCUUAUAGACAAUCUGAGAUACCUUCUUGUUACGUGUCAGCUCCCCCGUUCGACGGCCAACUUGUUACUGGCGAUCCUACGGAAGAAGCUAAACUUAGAUCUUCCCAAAGAUGCGCAGAUCCUUGUGAAGACACCCACUGGGAUUGGAAAGAUUGUUAAACCAAUUCCUGGUGGUGAUUAUUGGUAUGGAGGUCUUAAGUCGGUCCUGGCCCAACAUUUGCAGGCUACCUCUUCACAGAGCUGGGCCAACCCAACUUUGGCCGAUUCUAGUGAAAGUGGUAGAGUUGCCAAAGGUGCCGGUGAUGAUGGUGGCUACGUUUAG